ACCAAGAGUUCUACCUGAGUAGUUUAAAGUAGACUCAAAGUACCACGGGCCAAGAAUUGUCUCGACGCAAUUGUAAUAACAGCGUAAACUUGGAGGGUGGGAGUGAGAGUGAGCAGAGUAGCAGAUGGAAGGCAAUGGAUUUGAAGUAAAAGAGGCAGUGGGAAAUUGCCUUGGCAGCUUGGUGGACCAAGGCAGCAGAGACAGUCACAGAUACUACUUGUCACGUAGAACUGUUUUGGAGAUGUUGAGAGACCGGGGUUACGAUGUUCCUCUCUCUGAGAUCAAUCUCUCUCUGCACGAUUUUCGAGCUAUUCACGGCCAAGACCCAGAUGUUGACCGACUCCGUAUCUCAGUUACUCAUCGAUCAUACCCUUCUAAAAGGAUAGUGGUAAUUUUCUGUGGGCCUGGCAUGAUUAAAGUUAAUGUAAUCCGUAGCAUUGCAACUCAAAUUGUUAAUAAAGAUAGUUUAUCUGGGCUGAUAUUAAUCCUACAAAACCAAAUAACAAACCAGGCUCUGAAAGCUGUGGAUCUUUUCCCAUUCAAAGUGGAAUUAUUCCAGAUUACGGACUUACUCAUUAAUAUCACAAAGCAUGUCUUGAAACCCAACCAUCAGGUAUUGACUGAUCAAGAGAAGGACAGAGUCCUAAAGAAGUAUAGUAUAGAAGAAAAGCAGCUUCCUAGAAUGUUAAAAAAAGAUGCAAUUGCACGCUAUUAUGGACUGGAGAGAGGGCAGGUGGUAAAAGUAACCUAUAGUGGCGAAAUAACAGAAUCGCAUGUUACCUACCGUUGCGUCUGGUGAUGCAUUUGUGAUUGUGAAGCUCUUUUGGUAUAUUAUUCAUGUAAUGUGUAAUCUGCAUGUACUAUGAACUCUUUCAAACUGCUUCUAAUCUUUUUGUAGUUUUAGCAAGCCUCUGUUUUAAGGCAAGUUGUGGAUCUCUUAUGUAUGAGCAACUGAAUAUUUCUGUAGCAUAGAAUCCAUGGUUUCUGCACU